CUCUUCUAUUUGCUGCUGCAACAUAUGGGUUUCAAAAUGGCGAUACUCAUCCUAGGCCUGUUGGCCAUGUUCCUUAUGGUCUCCUCAGACGUCGCAUCCACCAAUUCAAAACAGGUGAAAAAUGUAGUGGGUGCUGCCAAAUAUCCUGGUGGAGGCUACGGAGGGGGGUACCCUGGUUAUGGCGGUGGCUAUCCCGGUCGUGGUGGUGGAUACCCUGGACGUGGCGGUGGCUACCCUGGUCGUGGCGGUGGCUACCCUGGUCGUGGCGGUGGUUACCCUGGUCGUGGUGGCGGUGGCGGUGGCUAUGGUCGUUGUCGCUAUGGGUGUUGUGGUGGCCGGACAUACAAUGGAGGAUGCAGAAGGUGCUGCUGUUGUCGGAUCCACCAACCCGUCUGGGUCGUUGGACCCGUUUAUCUCAACGGGCCCACCCGACUAGUUUGUGUCGUUAGACCGUCUGAUCCUAUUAGGUCGUCAGGCCAGUUGGUACUACUCGGGUCAUCAGGCCGGUCGGACUCAUCUAAGUCGUUAGGUCGAUCAGGUCCAGAUUGCAUUAAUAAACGCCAACUACCAAAUUUAGAAAUCACUUCCUACUUCUGUAUCUUCACUCCUAUAUAUACACCAUCUUUUUCACUACUUUUCUCAUCCUUCUUUACCAAACAUAUCUUCCUUUUAAUAGUUUUCUACUCAAACAUGGGUUUGAAGAUGGCGAUACUGAUCCUAGCCAUGUUGGCCAUGCUCCUUUUGGCCUCCUCAGAGGUCCAAUCCAAUGCAAAAGAAGAGGUGACAAAUGGAGUUGGUGAAGCCAAAUAUCCUGGUGGAGGCUAUGGCGGUGGCUAUCCUGGCAAUGGCGGUGGCUACCCGGGUCAUGGCGGUGGCUAUCCUGGUCAUGGCGGUGGCUACCCUGGCCAUGGCGGUGGCUACCCUGGACGUGGUGGGGGCCACGGCUGUCGCUACGGCUGUUGCGGUGGCCGGUCAUACCAUGGAGGUUGCAGAAGGUGCUGUUCUUACGCUGGUGAAGCUGUUGCUGCACAAACUCAGGAUGAAACUCAUAACUAAGACAACUCAAUCAACGUAGUACUUAUGAUAUUUCAUGAAUAAAAUAAAUAAAAUGUCGUGUCUAUAGGCAUGGAAUGUUCCAGUGACCUUCCUUAUAAGUUUAAGGGCAAAUUAAAGUGAUGAAUAUUAUCUAUAUUCAGCAAAUUUGUUCCAUA